UCCCUAAAUUUUUUCAGGAGGAUAAUCUGCAGCAAUGAGCAGCAACGAGUGCUUCAAGUGUGGACGUACUGGCCACUGGGCUCGGGAGUGCCCUAGUGGAAUUGGUCGUGGUCGUGGGAUGAGAAGCCGUGGCAGAGCAGGCUUCCAGUUCAUGUCUUCAUCUCUCCCGGACAUCUGUUACCGCUGUGGUGAGUCUGGCCAUCUUGCCAAGGACUGUGAUCUUCAGGAGGAUGCCUGCUAUAACUGCGGUAGAGGUGGCCACAUUGCUAAGGACUGCAAGGAGCCAAAGAGGGAGAGGGAGCAGUGCUGCUACAACUGUGGCAAACCUGGCCACCUGGCUCGUGACUGUGACCAUGCAGAUGAGCAGAAGUGCUAUUCUUGUGGAGAAUUUGGACACAUUCAGAAAGACUGCACCAAAGUGAAAUGCUAUAGGUGUGGUGAAACUGGCCAUGUAGCCAUCAACUGCAGCAAGACCAGUGAAGUCAACUGCUACCGCUGCGGCGAGUCAGGGCACCUUGCACGGGAAUGCACAAUUGAAGCUACAGCCUAAUUAUUUUCCUUUGUCGCCCCUCCUUUUUCUGAUUGAUGGUUGUAUUAUUUUUCUCUGAAUCCUCUUCACUGGCCAAAGGUUGGCAGAUAGAGGCUACUCCCAGGCCAGUGAGCUUUACUUGCCGUGUAAAAGGAGGAAAGGGGUGGAAAAAAAUCAACUUUCUGCAUUUAACUACAAAAAUGUUUAUGUUUAGUUUGGUAGAGGUGUUAUGUAUAAUGCUUUGUUAAAGAACCCCCUUUCCGUGCCACUGGUGAAUAGGGAUUGAUGAGUGGGAAGAGUUGAGUCAGACCAGCAAAACCCUCUCUGGGUUACGUGAAAGUGAUCCUAUGCAGGAGGAAAGAAAUUAUGGAAGUGUCUAAACUUCCUUGUAACUGUAAUUUUAUUACAAUGGCCUUGGAUUGUCUGACCUCAGUAGCUGUUAACAUCAAGUAAUAUCUGUAUCGGGCCCUACCUAGAGCAUAUAGCUGAGUGGGAGUAAAUAAAACAAACAAGAUGCACAUGUCUGUUAAUGGCCAUGAGAGAGAGAGAGAAAUCAGGAAUAAACUUAAAAGUAACAGUAAUAUAGUCAAUGAAUGUUCAUGUUGGAGAUGCAGAACGUAAUGGGGAGCUUUUGAAUAAAUAUCUCAAACUAAAUCUGAAACCCAGACAUCAGUGCUCAUAGCAUAUACAAUUUGGAGCUAUUCAGGAGUUGCAAAUAAAUGCAUUUUCACAGAAAUCAAGAUGUUAUUUUUGUAUACUAUAUCACUUAGACGACUGAGUUUCAUUUGCUUGUAAUCAGUUUUUAAAGUAAGAGGGUAAAAGCAAUUGAAGUCCUAGAACAUAGAAAAUGUAAUUUUAAACUAUCAAUAAAGCUGGAGGAGGAAGGGGAGUUUGGCUAAAGUUCCUUUUGUUUAUUUUUGUUUCUCAUGUACACAGUGCAAAAUAACAUAUUAAAAAGGGGUAUAUGGAGGUGU